AGAUCACGUGUUUGAAUUUAUUUACGAUCGCAGAGGCUUCUCCCCCAUUGCGACCUGCCUUCUUCCCAAUCGCAGCCUCUUAAUACUUACGUGCAGCCUCAUAUUCCCCCGUAUGUUCUGGUUGACGUCUUAUACACACACAUCUGACGCACACACUCUUCAUUCAAGUGCGGGUGCGACGCCAGCUCGUCAGCCUCAGUCUAAUCUAAGUUCAAAGUUCAAGGGACAACAACAGUUAAUAUCACAUCAGGGUCUCAAUUUCAUCAUAAAAUGUGGAUUAUGCGUGCAGGAUGUGAUUAAUGGAGACCUGUGUGAACAAUUUCCGACAUUGCCCUUGGAUAUUUAGGGGAAAGUUGCUGAUGAAUUGGAUAGGACUCCAUGAGAAAUUUUGAAGAAACUAGAAGAAGUUAGAAAUCAGAUUGUUUAAAUGCUCAUGAUUUUAGCAGUUUUUAAUGCAUGCAAAUGAUGUUAUAUGAGUGCCAAAAGCAUAGGAAUUUAAAUUUACUCAAUUGUUUUUGGAAAAGACUUUAAUUUUUAUUUUGGCAGCCUUUUAUCCAUUAGACGUUUAUGGAAUUUACUCAAUUAUUUGUGAAUCCCU